CCUGAGGCGUUUAAUCUGCUGCACGGCAGUCUUCGCCUUACUGGCAGGUGUGCAUGGAGACUGCAGCAGGAAUCAGUGGCAGUGUGAUGAUGGGAUGUGUGUGCCGCAACGAUGGCGCUGUGAUGCUGCCAGUGACUGCCAGGACGGAUCUGAUGAGAUGGACUGUUUAUGUCAAGCAGGGGAUUUUGAGUGUGCGGAUGGCUCCGGUUGUGUGCCUGGGUCGGAUGUGUGUGACGGGCGGCCCCAGUGUCCCGAUGCUUCAGAUGAGUGGGAUUGCAGCUGGCGUUUAGGGUGUCUCUCGGGUGACUGGAAGUGCAAGAACAAGGUCUGCAUCCCACGAGACCUUCUCUGCAAUGACGUCAACGACUGCGGCGAUAGCUCUGAUGAAGAAUUGUGUGGUUCCUGUGGGAAGAUGAGCAUGCGCUGUGCUGAUGGCAAGUGUAUAAGCCAGAGAGAGAGGUGUGAUGGAGUCGCCCAGUGCUCGGAUAGGAGAGAUGAGCCUCUUACGUGUGGUAAAACUUGUCAUAAUGGUAAUGGUGGCUGUAGCCAUUCUUGCAUUGACCAGCCUUGGGGAGCCCUGUGCUCUUGUCCCACUGGAAUGACCCUUUCUGCUAACGGACUUGAUUGUGAAGAUGUCAAUGAGUGUGAACAGUCUUUUGGACCUUGCAUGCACUUGUGCUCUAAUACACCAGGGUCUUUUCGCUGUCUGUGCCAGAAUGGUUUCAAACCUCUUGGCAAUGGCUCAUGUGAGGCUCAAGGAGCCGUGUUGAAGAUUUUGACAAUUAGGGAAGGACUGAUUGGGUUAGUGAAUGUGAAGACCAGAGUGUUUGAACCACUUUUUGCAAGUGAAAAUGAAACUGUAGCCAUAACCUAUGAUAUCCAGAGGAACUUCAUUUACUGGGCUGAUCAAAAUGGGAAUAUCUACAAAGCUUAUAACCGAAGGAGCACGAUUAUGUAUUCAGGGCAGUCCGGUGUGAAGAGUCUAGCCGUCGACUGGCUCACUGGACAGCUGUAUUGGGCGAGCGUUACACAGAAAGCAAUCUAUACUGGUGCAGCUGAUGGUAGUGCUCUAGGCAUUGUCAUGUCCAAAGAAAUGGACCCAAGCGACAUGGUCCUCAGCCCAAUCGAGAGUUUCAUAUUUUGGAUUAAUAAAGCAACGAAUGAAGAAAUAACCAUUGAGAGGGCGGAAAUGGAUGGUUCGAAUCGGACAACACUGUUGUACGUUACUGCACAGUUACCAAGAAGUCUUGUGUUGGAUGUGGCUGCACAGCGGCUGUAUUGGAUCAGUGUUUACAAAAUGUCAAUUGAGAGCAUCAGGACAGAUGGCACUGGGCGGCACACCUUUGUGGGUGUCUUUCCAGGAAAUCGUGCUCAGACUCUGGCUGUAUUUAAUGGCUGGUUCUACUGGGCUGAUGAUAAACUCUGGCAGACUCCUCAAAAUAUGUCUGUUGUCAACCAAGAUGGAUUCAUCCUAAAAGCCUCGCUUCCUGUCCUGAACGUCUACCAUGCGCUUCAGCAACCCCAAGGUUUUACACCAUGUAAGAACUCAGGAUGCCAGCUGUGUUUGCCCUCCAAGAAAAGUGCUGUUGGAUUCACCUGUCUGUGUCCUGAGGGAACGUUGCCAAUGUCUUGGGGAUCUUGCGAAAAUUUUGCAGUUGCCUAUGCAACAGCCACAACCAUAUACAGUUUGGAGUUUGCUGGAAAGACUCCUGUGAAAACUGAGCUCUUUACUUCGGAUCAAAACAUCCAGUCCUUUGACAUGUACUGGCGGCGAGGAUGUCUGGUUUGGUCUAAUGGGACAGGCCACGUAAAGCUGAACAUGCAUUCUCAAGACUUAUCAGAGUACAUUCUGACUUUAAAACCUGCCUGCGUUGUCAGAGUUGACCAGAGAACCGGCAAUCUGUAUUGGUUGGCAUGUGAUGAACUUUCCAUUGGCGUUUCAACCAUUGGCCCCCUUGACCAAAGCAUUUCUAGGCAGCUAUAUCAAGCCAAAACUGCGAUCCUAGACCUGUUCGUGGAUUGGCAGAGAGGAAAGCUGUACUGGCUAGAGGGAGCUCAGAUCAUGAGAAUGAAACUGGGUCUGAUUGGUGGAAGAGCAGAAUCUAUCUUCAGCUUUGAGGACAGUGGGGUCGACAGCAUUGUGUUUGACAGAAAAGCGAAUGGCUUCCUUUGGAACAUGGAGUCUUACUUGCAGGUUAUGAGUCUAUUGAAGAUGAGGAAGUACUCUGCUGGUUUAGACUGGGUCGUUCCUGGCUCCAUCGUGGCUGCUUAUGAACCCUACAUGGUGGCAUUGUUCAAUAACGUCCUAACCGUUUGGAGUCGUAAAGAUGGAUCUCGUGUCUCUGGGGUUGCUGUCGAGAAAGGAGUUGUAAGCUUAUCUGUUGCGCUCAGGGAAGUCCAACAAGAUAAGAUGACUGAAGAUGUUCAUCCUACUGAGGUGACUUGCAAGAGUCCUCUAAUCUUUUGUCAGGGCUCAAUGGUGUGUAUCAGUCGAUCUCAGCGGUGUGAUGGGAAGAAGGACUGUCCGGAUGGGUCUGAUGAGACUUCAUGUUUGGACAUGUGUGCAAAGCCAGAUGAUUUCCUGUGUAAUGAUGGAAGUAAGUGUGUGGAGAGACAUUUGGUGUGUGAUGGUCAAACUCACUGCAUUGACGGUUCAGAUGAGAUGGGAUGUCCCACCAUGGCUGCUGAAACCUCAACCUCAGGGCCGUUAAAGUGUCGUUUGGGCUCUAAACCCUGUGAGGAUGGAAGUGAGUGUGUUCUGCACAGUCAUGUGUGUGAUGGAGAGAGGGACUGUAAGGAUGGAUCUGAUGAGCGGGGCUGUGAAUAUAAGUGUGAAGCAGAUCAGUUCCAGUGUGAUCAUUGGAUGUGUAUCGACAGAAAGCAGGUGUGUGACGGCACACCUCAGUGUCAGGACCGCUCUGAUGAAAUGGACUGUUUCACUCGCUCGCACGACUGCAAACACCAGUGUGACAACAAAACUCGCUGCAUCCCAGAAAACCUCCUCUGUAAUGGAGUGAAAGACUGUGUAGACGCCACUGAUGAAGACAACUGCUCUAAGACUAACAGAGAGGAUGUCAGUUUGGUGACUCUGAACAAAGGCGUUUCAGGUUUUGCACCUCCACCUCCGACCUGCAGAAGUCCAUCCGUGAUGUGUCCAGGAACAUCACUGUGCAUUUCCCAGACUCUGUUCUGUGACGGGAAGAUAGAUUGUCCGGAUGGUUUUGAUGAAGUCUCGUGCGUACAUGUUUGUUCAAAACCUGAUGACUUCCUGUGUAAGGACAGAAGGAAGUGUAUUGAUGGGAAUCUGGUGUGUGAUGGUCGCGCUCACUGCCUUGAUGGUUCUGAUGAGGUGGCUUGUUACAUGGCUGCUAAAUCCUCAUCCUCGGGGCCGUUAAAGUGUCGUCCGGGCUCUAAACCCUGUAAGGAUGGACGUGAGUGUGUCCUGUACAGUCAUGUGUGUGAUGGAGAGAGGGACUGUAAGGAUGGAUCUGAUGAGCGGGGCUGUGAAUAUAAGUGUAAAGCAGAUCAGUUCCAGUGCGCUCAUGGGAGGAUGUGUAUCGACAGAAAGCAGGUGUGUGACGGCACACCUCAUUGUCAGGACCGCUCUGAUGAAAUGGACUGUUUCACUCGCUCGCACGACUGCAAACACCAGUGUGACAACAAAACUCGCUGCAUCCCAGAAAACUUCCUCUGUGAUGGAGAGAAAGACUGUGUAGACGCCACUGAUGAAGACAACUGCUCUGAGACUAAAAGAAGGGAUGUAAAUUUGGUGACUCUGAACAAAGGCGUUUCAGGUUUUGCACCUUCACCUCCCAUCUGCAGAAGUCCAUCCGUGAUGUGUCCAGGAACAUCACUGUGCAUUUCCCAGACUCUGUUCUGUGACGGGAAGAUAGAUUGUCCGGAUGGUUCUGAUGAAGUUUCGUGCGUACAUGUUUGUUCAAAACCUGAUGACUUCCUGUGUAAGGACAGAAGGAAGUGUAUUGAUGGGAGUCUGGUGUGUGAUGGUCGCGCUCACUGCCUUGAUGGUUCUGAUGAGGUGGCUUGUUACAUGGCUGCUAAAUCCUCAUCCUCGGGGCCGUUAAAGUGUCGUCAGGGCUCUAAACCCUGUAAGGAUGGAAGUGAGUGUGUUCUGUACAGUCAUGUGUGUGAUGGAGAGAGGGACUGCAAGGAUGGAUCUGAUGAGCGGGGCUGUGAAUAUAAGUGUAAAGCAGAUCAGUUCCAGUGCGCUCAUGGGAGGAUGUGUAUCGACAGAAAGCAGGUGUGUGACGGCACACCUCAGUGUCAGGACCGCUCUGAUGAAAUGGACUGUUUCACUCGCUCACACGACUGCAAACACCAGUGUGACAACAAAACUCGCUGCAUCCCAGAAAACCUCCUCUGUGAUGGAGAGAAAGACUGUGUAGACGCCACUGAUGAAGACAACUGCUCUGAGAGUAAAAGAAGGGAUGUAAAUUUGGUGACUCUGAACAAAGGCGUUUCAGGUUUUGCACCUUCACCUCCCAUCUGCAGAAGUCCAUCCGUGAUGUGUCCAGGAACAUCACUGUGCAUUUCCCAGACUCUGUUCUGUGACGGGAAGAUAGAUUGUCCGGAUGGUUCUGAUGAAGUCUCGUGUGUUCAUGUUUGUUCAAAACCUGAUGACUUCCUGUGUAAGGACAGAAGGAAGUGUAUUGAUGGGAAUCUGGUGUGUGAUGGUCGCGCUCACUGCCUUGAUGGUUCUGAUGAGGUGGCUUGUUACAUGGCUCCUAAAUCCUCAUCCUCGGGGCCGUUAAAGUGUCGUCCGGGCUCUAAACCCUGUAAGGAUGGACGUGAGUGUGUCCUGUACAGUCAUGUGUGUGAUGGAGAGAGGGACUGCAAGGAUGGAUCUGAUGAGCGGGGCUGUGAAUAUAAGUGUAAAGCAGAUCAGUUCCAGUGCGCUCAUGGGAGGCUGUGUAUCGACAGAAAGCAGGUGUGUGACGGCACACCUCAGUGUCAGGACCGCUCUGAUGAAAUGGACUGUUUCACUCGCUCGCACGACUGCAAACACCAGUGUGACAACAAAACUCGCUGCAUCCCAGAAAACUUCCUUUGUGAUGGAGAGAAAGACUGUGUAGACGCCACUGAUGAAGACAACUGCUCUGAGACUAAAAGAAGGGAUGUAAAUUUGGUGACUCUGAACAAAGGCGGAGCAAAGGCCUCUGAACAAAGGCCUUCACCUCCCAUCUGCAGAAGUCCAUCCGUGAUGUGUCCAGGAACAUCACUGUGCAUUUCCCAGACUCUGUUCUGUGACGGGAAGAUAGAUUGUCCGGAUGGUUCUGAUGAAGUUUCGUGCGUACACGUUUGCUCAAAACCUGAUGACUUCCUGUGUAAGGACAGAAGGAAGUGUAUUGAUGGGAAUCUGGUGUGUGAUGGUCGCGCUCACUGCCUUGAUGGUUCUGAUGAGGUGGCUUGUUACAUGGCUCCUAAAUCCUCAUCCUCGGGGCCGUUAAAGUGUCGUCCGGGCUCUAAACCCUGUAAGGAUGGACGCGAGUGUGUCCUGUACAGUCAUGUGUGUGAUGGAGAGAGGGACUGUAAGGAUGGAUCUGAUGAGCGGGGCUGUGAAUAUAAGUGUAAAGCAGAUCAGUUCCAGUGUGCUCAUGGGAGGAUGUGUAUCGACAGAAAGCAGGUGUGUGACGGCACACCUCAGUGUCAGGACCGCUCUGAUGAAAUGGACUGUUUCACUCGCUCGCACGACUGCAAACACCAGUGUGACAACAAGACUCGCUGCAUCCCUGAAAACUUCCUCUGUGAUGGAGAGAAAGACUGUGUAGACGCCACUGAUGAAGACAACUGCUCUGAGACUUACAGAGAGGAAGUAAUUUUGGUGACUCUGAACAAAGACAUUUCAGGUUUUGCACCUUCACCUCCGACCUGCAGAAGUCCAUCCGUGAUGUGUCCAGGAACAUCACUGUGCAUUUCCCAGACUCUGUUCUGUGACGGGAAGAUAGAUUGUCCGGAUGGUUUUGAUGAAGUCUCGUGCGUUCAUGUUUGCUCAAAACCUGAUGACUUCCUGUGUAAGGACAGAAGGAAGUGUAUUGAUGGGAAUCUGGUGUGUGAUGGUCGCGCUCACUGCCUUGAUGGUUCUGAUGAGGUGGCUUGUUACAUGGCUCCUAAAUCCUCAUCCUCGGGGCCGUUAAAGUGUCGUCCGGGCUCUAAACCCUGUAAGGAUGGACGUGAGUGUGUCCUGUACAGUCAUGUGUGUGAUGGAGAGAGGGACUGCAAGGAUGGCUCUGAUGAAGAAAAUUGUGAACUUCAAUGCAAUCCUGGGAUGUUUCAGUGUAUUCAGGGAAAGAAGUGUAUUGACUUCCGGCAAGUGUGUGAUGGGACUCCUCAGUGUCCAGAUAACUCUGAUGAAGCAGGCUGCUGGAAACCCACCAAGAGCUGCAGCAUGCGCUGUGAUGGGAACACCCGUUGUAUCCCAGAGGUGUUCAUCUGUAAUGGUAUGAGGAACUGUUUGGACGGAUCGGAUGAAGCUGACUGUGCCAUGCCGACCCCACCAUCACCGUGCAAAAGCCCUUAUGUGGCUUGUCAGGGGACGUCACUAUGCAUCCUUCAGCGAUAUCUGUGUGAUGGGAUGAAAGACUGUCCUGAUGGCUCUGAUGAGAGACCGUGCCUCCGCAACUGCCCAUAUCGCAGUGACUUUAUGUGUAACGACAGGAGUAAGUGUGUGAAGAGAGAUCUGGUGUGUGAUGGCCGUGCUCAGUGCUUUGACCGUUCAGAUGAGAUGGGAUGUCCAACCAUGGCUGCUGCAACCUCAACGGCGUCAAUAAAGUGUCGCGUGGGUUCUAAACCCUGUAAGGAUGGACUUGAGUGUGUCCUGUACAGUCAUGUGUGUGAUGGAGAGAGGGACUGUAAGGAUGGAUCGGACGAGGCUGACUGCGAUUUUAAUUGUAAAACAGGGGAGUUUCAGUGUGCCCAUGGGAGGAAAUGCAUCGACUCAAAGCUUGUGUGCGAUGGCAGACCACAAUGUCAAGAUUUUUCUGAUGAGAGGGAUUGCUUCACACGCAGCAAGAGCUGCAGCCAUCGCUGUGACAACAAAACUCGCUGCAUACCAGAAAACUUUGUGUGUGAUGGAGAGAAAGACUGUGUGGAUGGCACUGAUGAAUCUGACUGUGGGUACCCCACAAAGGUUGUGAAGUGUGAAAGUCCUGCUGUAUUGUGUCGUGAUGGGUCGCUGUGCAUCCCUCACACUAGUCUCUGUGAUGGCAAAAGAGAUUGUCCUGAUGGAUAUGAUGAAACGUUUUGCUUUGACAAAUGUCCGAACUCAGGUGACUUUCUAUGCAAGGACAGGAGGAAGUGUGUUGAUGGGAAUCUGGUGUGUGAUGGUCACGCUCACUGCAUUGACGGUUCAGAUGAGCUGGGAUGUCCAACCAUGGCUGCUGAAACCUCAUCCUCGGGGCCGUUAAAGUGUCGUUUGGGCUCUAAACCCUGUGAGGAUGGACGUGAGUGUGUUCUGCACAGUCAUGUGUGUGAUGGAGAGAGGGACUGUAAGGAUGGAUCUGAUGAGCGGGGCUGUGAAUAUAAGUGUAAAGCAGAUCAGUUCCAGUGCGCUCAUGGGAGGAUGUGUAUCGACAGAAAGCAGGUGUGUGACGGCACACCUCAGUGUCAGGACCGCUCUGAUGAAAUGGACUGUUUCACUCGCUCGCAUGACUGCAAACACCAGUGUGACAACAAGACUCGCUGCAUCCCAGAAAACUUCCUCUGUGAUGGAGAGAAAGACUGUGUAGAUGCCACUGAUGAAGACAACUGUGAUCGUAUUACUGGCCCAUCGAUCAAAAUAUCAACUCAGCCAGUCUGCAUUAGCCCUUCUGUUUUUUGUCAUGAAACCUCAAAAUGCAUCACACAAUCCCAAAUAUGUGAUGGGAAGAAAGACUGUCCGAGUGGAGCAGAUGAGCAGUUUUGCAUGCAUUCAUGUCCAGAUCCAGACCAGUUUCUGUGCAAGGACAGACGGCAGUGUGUUUGGAGAACCCUGGUGUGCGACGGUUACCCGCACUGCGCUGAUGGGUCGGAUGAGCAACAGUGUCCCACCUGUGCUUUACGUUGCGACCAGAAGAUGGUGUGUCUGACUAAACAGCAGCUCUGUGAUGGUAAACCAGACUGUAGAGACGGUUCAGAUGAGAAGAACUGUUACACUAGUGUGGUUGCAAGUGCUUCAUUGCCUCUGAAAUGUCCCUUGGGAUCCAAGCCUUGUAGGGAUGGGAAAGAGUGUGUCCUGUACAGCCACGUGUGUGAUGGAGAGAAAGAUUGCAAAGAUGGAUCUGAUGAAAGGAACUGUGAAAGUAAAUGUAAAAAAGGCCAAUUCCAAUGCGCUCAUGGCAAGAAAUGUAUAGACAUGAAGCUUGUAUGUGACGGCACACCUCAGUGUCAGGACCGAUCGGAUGAGAUCAACUGCAUGAAGCUCUCUGAGGAGUGCAGACACCAGUGUGACAAUAAAACCCGCUGCCUUCCUGAAUCCUUCCUCUGUGAUGGAGAGAAAGACUGUGUGGAUGGCACGGACGAAGCCAACUGUGUGGUGGAGCCGUGUUCAAGUGACCGUUUCCAGUGCAGUAACGGUCAGUGUGUGGCUCUGUCCCUCCGCUGUGACGGGUUCGCUGACUGUCGUGAUCACUCUGAUGAGAAGAGCUGUGCUCAGCCGCCUCACUGUCCUGUGGAGCAGCGCUGCCCUCACACUCACGAGUGCCUGCUGAAAGAGUGGCUCUGUGAUGGAGACCAGGACUGCAGUGAUGGGUCUGAUGAGAGGAACUGCAAGGUGAGUCCGCUGAAGUGUGGAGAGUUCCAGUGGUCCUGUGCGUCUAAAACUCAAUGCGUUGCAAAGAUGUGGAAGUGUGAUGGCGUGAAGGACUGCAAGGACGAGAGUGAUGAAUCUGGCUGUGGUCAAGUGAAAUGCCCAACACACUUGUUCCAGUGUGGAAGUGAGGAGUGUGUGGACCCAAAUCUGGUGUGCAACGGGCGCUCUGACUGUGCAGACGGUUCUGAUGAGGGUGUGGGCUGUCUAAAGAACAACUGCUCCAGUCCCAGCAGCCCUUCAUGUCAACACUACUGCUUCAGCACUCCACAUGGAGCGAGAUGUGGCUGUAAGACUGGCUUCAGGCUUCAGUCUGAAGGUUUAACCUGCUAUGACAUAGAUGAAUGUAAAGAGAUUCUGCCCGCUGCCUGCAGUCAUAACUGCGUCAACACGCUAGGCUCCUACCUGUGUCGAUGCCACCCUGAAUUUAUACUGGAGCCAGAUGGUCGCAGCUGCAAGGCGGCAGAGGAGCCCAGUCUUUUGGUCUCUGAACAGUACAAGCUGCUAAAGUUGGGUCUGCAAAACGCCAAUAUUCAAGCUCUCAUCACACCAGGACGGAAGCCUGUCUUCUCUCUGGACUAUGACCUGAGAGAGCAUAAAGUUUAUUGGGUCAGUCUGGAGGAAGAAAGCAUCAAAUAUGCCUUCCAUGGAGAAAAGGACAACUUUAGAACUAUCGUCAAAGGUGUGAAGUCAGACUCCAUUGCUAUUGACUGGUUGGGAAGGAACCUUUACUGGGUUGAUGGUGUUGCUGGGCAGAUUCUAGCUGUGAGAUUGACCAAUAGCAUUGUGAAGCCCCAAAACUACAUUGUGAUUCUGGAUAAGGAUUUAAAGCAGCCCCGCUCGCUUGCGCUGCUGCCGCAGAAAGGGAUAAUGUUCUGGUCUGAGAUUGGAGGUCCCGCACAGAUCGAGCGCUCUAGCAUGGACGGCUCGGACAGGAGGGUGAUUAUCAGCCGUGGUCUCGACUGGCCUGUCAGUGUGACGGUGGACGUUUUGACAGACCGACUAUAUUGGACUGACGAGAAGCUCGGAUGUAUAGGCUCGGCGACAUUUGAUGGAGGAAACAUGAAGUUUCUACAGCUGUCUGAGAUGCCCAGUCCUUUCUCUGUGGCGGUGUUUAAUGACAUGGUCUACUGGUCUGACACUCGUAGAAGAUCCAUUCAAGGUGCCAAUAAACUGACUGGCAAGAACCGUAAAGUUUUUCUCAAGAGACCCGGACAGCCUUUCGGCCUCAAAGUUGUCCACCCUCUCUUGCAGCCCAACGUGUCCAACCCCUGUAAUAAGCUGAAGUGCUCCCACGUGUGUUUGCUGGCUGCGGCGCUCAAAGCGGUUUGUCGCUGCCCGGCAGGACUUCUGUUGGCCGUGGACGGAGUCACUUGCGACCCACUUGUCGAUUCUUCUUCCUCUUUCCUUAUGCUACUGUCACCUACCAUGAUCACACAGAUCUUCACCAGGAGCCUUCAAGAAGAGGUUGGGCUGAUGACCUGGCCCGAGCACCGUAACCUGACUCUCCCGGGCGUGAAGGAGGCUUCAGACUUCGAUCUGCUCCUUAGAGACCGCACCGUCUCCCUGGCUGACGCGGGACAGGGCUCAGUGGCUCAGCUCAAGUUCAGCAGCUCUGGCUUCACACCGAUCGGCUCCGUGCUGCAGCUCAAAGGGGACCUGGUGACCGCUCUGGCUGUGGACUGGGUCACCCGUAACCUGUACUGGAGCAGCGUCAAGAGUCCGCAGCUGUACGUCACGUCCCCUGGAGGGAAGUUCACCGCCAUGGUGCUGCAGGCGGAGCUAGGGGGAACCAUCUCCAUCGCCCUGCACCCUCCCUCGGGCCAGCUGUGCUUCACCGCAAUGGGGCAGGGGGGGCCCGAGCCAAUGCCUCAGAUCCACUGCGCUCACAUGGACGGGAGGAACCGCACGCUGCUGUGGAGCAAAGCCAAGAUGCCCGCUUCACUCGCGUUUUCUGAGAAGGGAACAUCACUGUAUUGGGCAGAUAUUGGCAGUGAACUGAUCAGCUCUAUUAAUCUAGACGGCUCCGGUUAUAAGGAGUUUAGCACCGGCCCUGCCUUCAUGAUCUCUUUUGCCCGUAUCGAGAACACCAACUUCUGGAUCACCCUGGAGAACGGUUCAACUCAAGUGUGGUACAGCGAUGGCUUCCAGCCCAAGCAGAUGUGGUUUGAGGUGAAGACGAGUGUUCUAGAGUUGAAGGCUUUCAGCAGGUCCAGUCAGAAAGGAACCAAUGUGUGCUCUGAGAGCAAUGGGGGCUGCAGUCACCUGUGUCUGCCCUAUCCCGGUGGACGCUCGUGUCGCUGUGCGCAGGACUUCCUUGCUGUGAACAAGACUCAAUGUCUUUCCAACCUCAAGUGUCCCGUUGGCAGUAAAGCCUGCCGGGACGGCCUCAAGUGUGUCCCCGUGGCCAAGUUCUGUGACCAAGUCCCAGACUGCCAGGACCAAUCGGAUGAGGACUGUGACCUUGUGAAAACCAAACCAGGUGUCAAAUCCAAAUCUGGGCCUUUGUCUCUGGGCUCUGCUGUGGGACAGUCUCCGUCUCAAGACGACGAGGGUGUGGACCAGGGUCUGUCGUGUGAGGAGCGAUGCGGGAGUCAUGGGAAGUGUGUGAGCGUGAAGGGAGAGCUGGUGUGUGAGUGUGAGGAGGGCUACAGCGGGGAUCUCUGUCAGAACACUAACUCCAGCUCCACUGGCCUCGCGCUCUCACUCAGCUUUCUCUUCGGUGGAGCUCUGCUGGCUGCCGUCAUCCUCAGGAGGAGAAGGAUGCGCGCAGCAAGGGAAGAGGCUACUGAAAAAGAGACGCUGGUGCCUGCUGACGUGAAGGAGCACACAACCUACACUCAAAACUUUGAUAAUGAGUUGUAUGAUCCAGAAGAGGCUCCGAUUGCUCCAGUUGUCACCACGCCUGUUGUCAGCUAACUUUUUUUGUGUGUUUUAAUGUCUAAUAAAACUAUUGACUUUGCAAGAAA